UUUUCUUUUUUUGAUCUUCAUGUCAUUGAAGAAAUUGGAUUUGAAUACUCUCAGUUUGAAGUAUGUUAAUGACAAUCAUUGGUCCACUCUUUAUUGUUAUAUGUUGCGAUGUUAUUAUAAAUAUAUUUUAGAAACUAUAAACUCUUUUUAUCAUUUUCUUUUAAUUUGAAAUCGUGAAAUUUUCUUACCCCACUUGCUUUCUUCUUCUACUUGUUUUUUUCCUUUUUUGGUAUAUCAUUGCAUCUUUAAUGUUAAAAUGAUUUUAAUUCUGUUAUUUUGAUGCAUGGUUAAUUAUCUUGAAUAUUUAGAUACAUUGUUUUCUCUAUUUAUGUAUUUGGUUGGUAGGGAUGACAAGAAAAAUGGCAUUAAUUUGUUGAAGAGUGAUGGGCUGUCAUCAUGCACUGUUUUUAUCAAAUCGUUUAUUACAAAGACAGUCGUAAAUUCUGAUGUGAAAUCCAAGCUAGGUGGCUAGUUGUUACUAGGUUUGCUUUGCCAACUCUACUUCUAUGUGUUUCGUCUUGUUACUCCUUGGAGACAGAUGCCUCUUGUGAUCCAAGCAGAAUGACACAGAAAGAUAAAUAUAGCCUGCCUCUACUAGUUUGGGUUUGAGGCUUGGUUGUUGCUGCACAGCUUGUUUCGAUUACUGUCCCCUUGAGUAUAGCAAAACUAAAAUGAGAUGAUUGAAGUUGGAAGAAGCAUGGCUUUGGGGUUUCCUGAAUCAGGACCAUGCAUGUAACUGCACCGUUCAAUCUUUCUAAACCAAAUCAUGGCCCCUAGACACUUUCGCUUAGCCUGCAGAAGAGUACCCUUCAAGGUUGUUUUCUUCAUACUGCUGAUACUUGUGCCAAUUUGUGUGAUUGGAAUCCUCACACAUGCCCAGCUUGUCUCCUACAUUUUACGUCCACUUUGGGACAACCCCCCACCUCCCUUUAAACACCUACCUCACUAUUAUGCAGAGAAUGUCUCAAUGGAACAUCUUUGCCAGCUGCAUGGUUGGUCCCUACGAUCUGAGCCUCGUCGUGUGUUCGAUGCCAUCAUCUUUAGCAAUGAGCUAGACAUUCUUGAGAUCAGAUGGAGAGAGCUUCAUCCUUACAUCACUAAAUUUGUAAUCCUCGAAUCAAAUACCACUUUCACUGGCAUCCCCAAGCCUCUCUUCUUUGACUCAAACCGGUCUAGAUUUGCCUUUGCAAAGGAGAAGAUUGUCCAUGGUGUAUUUUCAGGCCGAAUUGCUGCCCGUGGAAAAAAUGGAAACCCUUUUGCACUCGAGUCUGAGCAGCGGAAAGCUAUGAGUGGAUUGCUCCGCAGUUCAGGAAUUUCCUACGGUGACUUGAUCAUUAUGUCAGAUGCAGAUGAGAUUCCAAGCCCACACACAUUGAAACUACUGCAGUGGUGUGAUGAAAUUCCACAUGCUAUGCACCUUGAGCUCAAGCACUACAUGUACUCUUUUGAGUUUCCUGUAGAUUACAGUAGCUGGCGGGCCACAGUCCAGAUUUUUGGCCCAUACACCGGUUACCGGCAUUCACGCCAAACUGACCUUAUUCUCUCUGAUUCUGGGUGGCACUGUAGUUUUUGCUUUCGCCAACUUCAGGAAUUUGUGUUUAAGAUGACUGCAUAUAGCCAUGCAGAUAGAGUUAGGAGGAAUGAAUUUUUGAACUAUUCUAGGAUUCAGAAAAUCAUUUGCAGUGGAGAUGAUCUCUUUGAUAUGCUGCCUGAGGAGCACACCUUUCAGGAGCUGAUUAAGAAGAUGGGACCAAUACCCCAUUCAGCUUCUGCGGUCCAUCUCCCAUCAUACUUGAUAGAGAACGCGGAUAAGUUUAGGUUUCUUCUUCCUGGGAAUUGUUUACGAACAUAGGAAUGAAGGUAUUGGCAGUCCGAAUCAAAAUGAGUAAAAUACGUAGAUGCAGUACUGUGCAGAACUCUGUCAUUGUUCCUUUUCCUUUUGAGGCCUCAAAUGCCCAGUUCUGUAAAGGGAUGUCUAGUUGGAUAACAGUUGCAAACAAAGAAAAAAUUGUCUUGCUCCGGUCCCAAUGAUUAUAGCUCUUCUAAUCGGAUUCGUUUUCUCUGGGAA